UGCCACCCGCAGGUGUCCCCAGCCAUGAGGACGGCGGUGACGCUGUGGUUGGCCCUGGCCGCGACCGCGGCGGUGACGGCGAUGCUGUGCCCCGACGGCGCCUCCGAGUGUCCCCAAAACGCCACCUGCUGCGUCACCGCGCGGGGCGCCUGGGGGUGCUGCCCCAUGCCCGAGGCCACGUGCUGCCAGGACGGGGCGCACUGCUGUCCCCACGCCACCACCUGCGACCUGGAGCGCGGGCGCUGCGUGUCACCCGCGGGGGACACCCCCAUGGCCACCAAGUUCCCGGCCUGGAAGAGGCAGCGUGGCGUGCUGCUCCAGGUGCCGUGUCCCGACGGCCGCUCCGUGUGUCCCGACGGUGCCACGUGCUGCCGGAUGCCAUCGGGGCAGUACGGCUGCUGUCCCCUGCAGAACGCGGUGUGCUGCGCCGACGGGGAGCACUGCUGUCCCCAAGGCACCGCGUGUGACCUGGAGCGCUCCAUGUGCACCUCGGUGCGGGACGUGGCACGCGUUGGUGACGUGAAGUGCGACGACGAGAUGAGCUGUCCCGACGGGAACACGUGCUGCAGGCUGAGCUCCGGGGAAUGGGGCUGCUGCCCCCUGGAGCAGGCCGUGUGCUGCCCCGACCACAUCCACUGCUGCCCCCAGGGCUACACCUGCGACCCCCAGGCGGGGACGUGCCUGCAGGGGGGGGUCCGCCUGCCCUGGCUGAGGAAGACCCCGGCGCUGUGGGGUCGGGGGGGGGACGUGCGGUGCGACAACACGACGAGCUGCCCCGACGGGAGCACGUGCUGCAGGCUGAGCGGGGGCAGCUGGGGGUGCUGCCCCCUGGAGCAGGUGGGAGGC